CUUCUCUUGUCUGUACAUGUAGGCUGUGGAAGAAAUGAAUGGCAAGGACCUGAAUGGGAAAAUGCUGUUUGUUGGACGUGCCCAGAAAAAAGUGGAACGACAGGCUGAGCUAAAAAGAAAGUUUGAACAGUUAAAACAGGAGCGAAUCAGUAGAUACCAGGGUGUAAAUCUAUACAUUAAAAACUUGGAUGACACCAUUGAUGAUGAAAAACUGAGGAAAGAGUUUGCACCAUUUGGAUCAAUCACCAGUGCGAAGGUAAUGCUGGAGGAUGGUCGAAGCAAAGGUUUUGGCUUUGUCUGCUUUUCCUCUCCUGAAGAAGCCACAAAAGCUGUAACGGAAAUGAAUGGACGUAUUGUUGGUUCCAAACCAUUAUACGUAGCCCUUGCCCAAAGGAAAGAGGAACGCAAGGCACAUUUAACUAAUCAGUAUAUGCAACGAAUUGCAGGGAUGCGGGCCAUGCCGGCCAAUACAAUCAUUAACCAAUUUCAGCCAGCUGCAGGAGGCUACUUUAUGCCAGCUGUACCUCAGGCCCAAAGUAGAGCUACAUAUUAUGCACCAAAUCAGAUGGCUCAGAUGAGACCCAGUCCACGUUGGCAACAGCAACAAACCAGGCCCCAAGGGUUCCAAGCCAUGCCAAAUGCCCUUCGUCAGGGAGGUCCUAGGCCUUCUCUGCGUCACUUAACGCCGACAGGAAAUACUCAGGGUCCUCGAGGUAUUCCUGGUGCACAGAGAAUGGGAUUAUCAACGACUCAGAAUCUGGCUCAUCGUCCUGGAAUUGCUGGCCCGACACCAAGGGGUGUUCCGCCUUAUAAGUAUGCUCCCAGUGUCCGCAACCCACAGCAAUCAGUAGUUCAACCUCAAAUGGCUGUACAACAGCCUUCUCAAUCUGCAGUGCUUGUACAAGGACAGGAACCUCUGACUGCCUCCAUGCUUGCUGCAGCCCCUCCUCAGGAACAGAAGCAGAUGCUGGGUGAACGUCUGUUCCCCUUGAUCCAGAGUAUGCACCCUUCCUUGGCUGGAAAGAUCACUGGAAUGCUCCUAGAGAUAGAUAACUCCGAGCUGCUACACAUGUUGGAGUCCCCAGAAUCACUCCGGUCAAAGGUUGAAGAAGCUGUGGCCGUGCUACAAGCCCAUCAAGCCAAGAAAGAGGCUGCCCAAAAGGCAGCUGUGGUUGUAGCUACAUCCUAAUUUGGGAAUGAGAUGUACAAUGAUUGCCAAGAACCAAGGAUUCCACAAAUUUUGAUUCAGAUAUAUUCAGACUGGAUGCGUGGAUUGUGCUUAGCUUUGAGAAAAAAAAACAAAAAACAUUGCAAAAUUUCAAAUAACCAGAUCCUGAAACGUUUUAAAUGUACCUUAAGAAUUUAAAAGAAAUAUAUUUUGAUAAAUCAAACUAUAAAAUUAUCAAGCAGGGCACCACUUUGAUUUAGAACUUGUUUUGUUUUGAAAAUGGGUAUCUGUGGCCAGGAUAGAUUUAUUUAUUUUUUCCUUCUCUUUAAAGAACAGGAAAUAAAAGGUUAAGGGUAUGAGAAUGGAGCUAGAUUUUAUUUUGCAGUUGAGUUUUAUCAUUAAGGUGUGUUUUAAUUUUUAAAACUCAAGUUUGCCUAAAUCUGGAAAAGUGUGUUUCUGAUUGGGGAAGGGAGAAACCAAUAAAAAAAACUUUCACUACAA